CUCACGAUGUAAUGAUGAUGMUGACCACAUACAGCCGCCGUUUAUCCUCCACCACACCUGCAGCGCGCAGCGUCAGGACUGAGGCGCGCGGCUGCUGCGGCUGCACCGCUUUACUUUGACUGCGCUGAUCGGAUGAUGAUGAUGGUGAUGAUGACAUUAAACUCUCUGGAUCUGGGGAGUCCAGUCGGGUAUUUGGGGUCUGAUUCGUUUUAAUUGAACCCACACACGUGCGCGUGCCUGCCUGGCUGUCUCCUCCCCCCCUCACUCAGGCGCGCGCACAUCGCCAAUAAUCAACCUGCGCUGCURCACAGGAGCAUCCCGGCUGUCGGUCGGCGGUCCCUCUCUGCCUUCCCGCUGGAUGUUUGCGCAGAGAGCCGCCGCUCUUCAUCACCUCUGAACUUGGAAGCGCUCCGGUUCCGACACCAUGGCGCUCUCUGGGUGACGGAUCCUUUCGGGUUUAUUUGGGGAAAGUUGCGCUGCGUCAUGGACCAACAGCGCAAACUUUAAGAGCUUUUUUUCCCUCCUUCUUCUUCUUCUUCUUCUUCUUCUUCUGAUGAGAGAGUUAUUUCACAAUGAAGGCAGGUGAAUCACCCGCGGCGCUCCUCAAGUAGACUGGGCUGGGAAAGGCGACACGGAGGGAGUCGUGCUGCAUGCGGAGGACCGGGGAACUGGACCGAUGAGACAACAUGGGUCCGCUGCUGUGUGAUGGGAGGCUGACGUGCUUUCUUUUCCCUCUGCUCCUGCUCCUGCGAGCUCCCUUGUUGUUCAGCUUUGGCGAGCGCACKUGCCCCAACAGCUGCCGCUGCGAGGGGAAAACCAUCCACUGCGACUCCUCUGGGUUUGUAGAAGUCCCRGAAAACAUCUCAGUCGGCUGCCAGGGUCUCUCCCUGCGCUACAAUGAACUUCACACYCUSCUACCUUACCAGUUUGCUCACCUGGGACAGCUGCUUUGGAUAUACCUGGACCAUAAUCAAAUUUCAGUCGUCGACAGUCGAGCGUUCCAGGGAGUCCGAAGGCUUAAAGAGUUGAUWCUGAGCUCCAACCGGAUYGCGUCUCUGCAUAACUCAACAUUCCAUGGCGUCCCCAACCUUCGUAGCCUUGACUUGUCCUACAACAAACUGGAAAUCCUGCAGCCGGGUCAAUUUCAUGGCUUACGAAAGCUGCAAAACCUUCACCUGCGCUCCAAUGGUCUCUCCAACAUCCCAAUUCGAGCAUUUUUGGAGUGYAGAAGUCUGGAAUUUCUGGAUUUGGGCUACAACCGGAUCAAGGCUCUCACUCGCACCACCUUCUUGGGAUUGCAAAGGCUGAUGGAGUUGCAUCUGGAGCACAACCAGUUCUCCAGGAUCAACUUUUUUCUGUUUCCACGCUUGGCCAAUCUGAGAUCGCUGUAUUUGCAGUGGAAUCGCAUCAGAGUGGUGAACCAGGGCCUUCCCUGGACUUGGUACACGCUGCAGAAACUGGACCUGUCCGGAAAUGAAAUUCAGACGCUAGACCCKGCUGUKUUCCACUGCUUACCCAACCUUCAAGUCCUGAACUUGGAAUCCAACAAAUUGUCCAACGUGUCCCAAGAGGCUGUGACGGCCUGGAUCUCACUGACCACUAUCAGCCUGGCUGGCAACAUAUGGGACUGUGGAGCUGGCAUUUGCCCCCUGGUUGCCUGGCUGAGAAAUUUCCGGGGCAGUAARGACACCACCAUGAUCUGCAGCAGCCCAAAGCAUCUCCAGGGAGAGAAAAUCAUGGAAGUCACACGGAACCACGGCAUUUGCGAGGAGAAUGAUUACUUCAUGACCGAAACGCCAUCACCGAUGCCGGAGCUAAUCUCUGACGCCACGGCUGAACCGACCUUUGCCCCCACCAGUGGUUUGCCAACGACCCCACCAACCAGCACCUUCGGYCCCCUCCCACCCUUCAGACUUCGACCGAUUCCUCACCCGACCUAUCCAGGCCACAUGAGCAAAGACACUAGAAACACAGUGGUUCGCACUCGGCCCACCCUCAUAUCGCCCCCGGCGAUGGAGCACAUGGCGCUGCACAAAGUGGUGGUGGGCAGCGUGGCGCUCUUCUUCACCAUGUCCCUCAUCUUGACCAUCAUCUACGUGCUGUGGCGGCGCUACCCGGGCGCUACGCGGUUGCUGCAGCAGCGGUCGAUGGUGGGACGGAAGCGGCGCAAAAAGAGCCCAGAGCCCGAGCAAAACCUCAGCUCCCAACUCCAAGAGUAUUACAUGAGUUACAACCCCGCUGCCACACCAGAGGCGCUGGAGGUGCUUGGCAACGGCACUGGUUCCUGCACUUGCACAAUUUCUGGCUCCAGGGAGUGUGAGAACGAGUACACGUGUCCACGCCCCCUACCUGGCGCCUGGCUGGGAGACGUGCCUACAAUCCAUUAACUCUCAGAGAAAGAAGGACUGUUUGAGAUGAUGCAACAAAUGAAAGCCCGGCCCGCCAGGAUUCCUCUCUCAUCGCUCAGAUCGGAGGAGACGCUUCAAGUGUCCUCCAUGCAAACGGAUUCAAGGCAACAAUCGAUCCAGGAGGAAGAGAGGAGACAACGUGGCGGCUUCUCUCUUUUUUCUUAAGGUUUUGUAACAUCUUUUUUUUUUUAUUUUAAUUAUUAUUAUUAUUUGGUCUUUGGCAUUUCUCAUGAUGCUCACUUCACAAACACGCACCGAUGGUUGAGGAUUCCUGUUGUGCGAACUAAUGAGAGCCAAGGGAUGGAAACAAUAAAGAUGGCCGCCCACUGCAGGGCCCCUGAUGGCUUAUUGUCUCCACAAGGACAACAUGGCGUCGUACAGAAAGGACGAGCUGUUCCUACCACACAGGGGUGUGUAAUUUAAAAUGGGUUUCCAUGUUUCCAACUCCUGUGAAGCGUCAUUAUAUAAUCUUUCAGUACAUUUUUUUUUUAAAAAAGAAAGAAAAACUAAUCAUGAGCUGCGACGGUUCCUCAGAAAGUAUGAAAAGAGGAAUCAGCUUUGGUUGUUUUGAAGCGUUUUGUUUUGUUCGGAGAGUUUUCUAAAUUCUUUCCAAAUGAAAUGAAAUUUCAAGGAUAACUUUUAAUAAGGGAGACAAAAAA